UUGACACUGAUGUCGGCGGUUGAUUCAAUAUUGAAAACCGUAAGAUGACAGAUUAUUUGCCGUCAGCACUUAUAACCUUUAUGUUUUUAGCAUUGAUUCCGUGGGGUGUUGAUGUUUGGAUAUUGGCAGACACAACCAUUACAACGGUUUUCGGUUUAACGAUGAUAUUUUCCCCAAAACAUUUCCUAAGCCGACAGACAAAAGGAGAGUUAGAUGAUGUUCAUCUACAUAUGUACAGAAUGUGUGGUAUAAUGCUUCUCAGUAGCACUAUGUUUGCUUGGCUAGCAAGGAAGUCAAAAGACCAAACCAUUACAAGUGCUAUACUUUGGGGGAGGGUGGUGGGAGUGUCACUGUAUGUAAUGGCAAGAAUCCAUGGUUAUUUUCAAGUUUCAAAAUCUAUCAAAUGGAAUAAACAGGCUCUUCUGUUUGGUAUCUAUGGAGAUUGUUUAUGGUUGCUUGGAAACUUUAUUUACUCAAUGAAAGUUACAGAUUUUGGAAAGAUGACCACUAAUUUAUCUAAAGCUGAUUUUUAUCUCAAGUCUGACUUUGUACAGUGUAUUAUGUUUGGCAUAAGUUUCUUUGUAAUGCCAAGGUUAAUGCUUGGAUUUCAGACUACAAGGACUCUGAAUCAUCUACAUUGUACAUUGAUUAGAAUGAUGGCGGCAUUUGUGUUCAAUACAGGAAUAAUUGCUUGGAAAAGUUGGCAUUUUGCAGAGAACAUCGAUAAAAUUUGGCAUUUUGUGUCUAGGAUUAUGGGAAAUAGUGGACUUGUAACAGCACAGAUCUACGCACAGUUUACAACAUCAUCAUGGACUUUGUGGCAUAUUUACUUUGGAAUGAUUGGCAUGUCCUUAUGGUCAACAAAUGCUUCCUUUGGGUAUUUUAUCCUGAAAAACAUUUUGGACAAACAAAUAAGUAUUGGUAAUCAGAAACAAACAUUGAAACAGGAAUAAAAUAUAUAAUUUUAUGUUUGAUAUUUGUGGCUGUGAUUUUUGUGUGACUAUAAUCACUGAUAAUAAUGAAAACAGUUUGGAAAAAAACUAGUAAUGGUAAUCAAAAUCAAACUUUGAAACAGGAAUAGAAUUUAAAAUUUUAUUUGAUAUUUUUGGCUGUGAUGUUUUUAUGACUACAAUAAUAAACGCAAUUGAUUUUUUUUUAAUUUUGUAUCAUACAUAUGGUUGUUGUCCAAUUGACCUGUACUCAACAUCUUUCAUUCAGAUCAAAGGAAAAUUGCUGGAUCCUUUAUAUUGUAGCAAGUUAUCCCCAAGAUAUUUUUUUUAUAAAUGCUCUAAAUACUAAAUAUGUAAUAUUCUUGUUAUUUAUAAUAAUGUGCGCAAUUGUUAACAUUGAUAUUUAUUAUAUAUAAACUACUGUCAGUAUAGUA